CAAAAAAAACAAAAAAAGAAAAGAAAAGAAAAUCUGGUUGUUUUUAUGUCUUUAUAAAUACCACCAACCACGUUCUUGGUUUUCAGUGUGUGUUGUGUGUGCUUUCUUGCACACAGCAUUCGUGACUUUUCUUGUGGUUUCAGUGUGUGUUGUGCGUUGUUUUCUGCACACAGCAUUAAUUUGUGGUUCCAGUGUGUGUUUCUUGCGGUGGGAAAAAUGGCUGCUGCUUUGGAAGAACCCCAUGUUUUGGCAGUUGAUGAUAAUUCACUCGAUCGGAAAAUUGUCGAGAAAUUGCUCAAGAAUUCAUCUUGCAAAGUGACAACUGCCGAGAAUGCGCAGAGGGCUUUGGAGUAUCUGGGACUGGUCGACGGCAACCACAACUCUACAACUCACAAUGCAUCAAAAGUAAGUAUGAUCAUCACAGACUACUGCAUGCCCGGAAUGACAGGAUACGAGCUUCUCAAGAAGAUUAAGGAGUCUUCAAUCAUGAAGAACGUGCCCGUUGUCAUAAUGUCAUCCGAGAACGUCCCUACAUGAAUUAACGAGUGUCUGGAAGAAGGAGCGGAAAUGUUCAUGUUAAAGCCUCUUACAUAUUCGGAUGUCAAUAAGUUGAGACGACAAUUGCUAUAAAGCGCGAUGGUUAAAGAAUCAUGGAGGAAUGUUUCUGUUUUUACCUUGUUUUCGACUUCAUGCAUGAUCUUUCCUUAAUUUUGACACAAAUGAAGCAUAUGUUGUUGUGUAAUGUUUGCUUUAAAACAUGUCAACGUUUUUUUUUUAUUAGUUCUUGUAUUAGUAUUUUAUAUGUGGUAUUUGUAUGUAUGGUAUAUAUAGUACAUUGCAUUGUCAAAGCCUACUACAACAA